CGCGCAUACGAUUGUGGGUCUAAUCGUCUCUCACGUCUCUUCUGGUUCUGGUGAUCGUCGUGUGAUCGUCGUAUGAUAGGAAGUUCGCAGUGUUGCUGACUUUCAGAUACUUGACAUAUAAUGGCUGAUCAACAAAUCACAAAUGUACAAAUAGCAAUGGUCGCAAGAAAUGCUUCAAUAUCAUCUCAAUGGGAGGUGCUGGCUUCUUUAUUGGAUGCGAAUCUGUUUAAUCCUGGGAUGACUCAAAAUAUUAUAACUACAAAAGGAACGCCAUUCUUGCGGACACAAUAUAUGCUCACAAAAUAGCAUGGCAAGCAUGCUGGACAAGCGAAAGUCUCGAAACUGAUCAUAGCUUUGUGUAAUUGUGAGAUGAAGGGUGAGGCUGAAGAAGUAUUUGGAGCGCCUCUAGUGGCGUCCGUCACACAGAACGCUUCCUCUGAUGGUGGACCUGACACGCCAGUUGCUGCAAGUGCAGAUGAAGGAGUAACUCUUGAUGAUUUGAAAAAAGUGGAAGACUACGGCAUAAUACGUGCCAAGUGGAAAGAGCUUGCUUCCACUCUUGAGCCUGAUAUGUUCGAUGUUGGAGCAAUUGACGUGAUCGUGCAGAAGUAUCCGAACAAUCCUUUCAUGCAGACUAAAUCCAUGCUGGAACAAUGGCUUGACAGUAAGUCUGAGGCAGCCACGCGCAGAAAUCUGAUCAAGGCUCUGGUUAGUUGCGGUUGGAAAAAAAAAGCUGAAGAAAUAUUUGGAGUGGCAUUAGUAAAGCAAGUCGUAGGGAGUUGAGGCUACUGGUGUGCAUCACUUUACAUGUUGCUCCUAGAGAAAAACAGCGGACAUCGUGAACACUAUAAUUAGUGCAUUUGCUUUCGUUUUGGCUACAAACUAUUUCUAGACGUCAUUGAGUCAGCUUCUAAAAUAAUACGAAAGUACUAAAAUUAUGAUUUUUUGUACAGUGUAUAAAAUUAACAUAAUUAAUA